AUGGCGGACAACAGCAACGGCGAGAAGGUCAACACCAACAUUGUGACGCUGACUCGGUUCCUCAACGAGGAGCAGACCAAGCACAAGGAGGCCAGCGGUGACUUUACCCUGCUCUGCCACGCCCUCCAGUUCUCCUUCAAGUCCAUCGCGUACUACAUCCGGCGCGCGACGCUCGUCAACCUCACCGGCCUGGCCGGCUCCUCCAACACCACGGGCGACGAGCAGAAGAAGCUCGACGUCAUCUCAAACGACCUCUUCAUCGAGGCCAUGCGCUCGUCCGGCAAGUGCGCCCUGCUCGUGUCCGAGGAGGAAGAAGACAUCAUCUACUUCGACCAGGCCACCGGCUCCCGCUACGCCGUGGCCUGCGACCCCAUCGACGGCUCGUCCAACCUCGACGCCGGCGUCUCCGUCGGCACCAUCUUCGCCGUCCACAAGCUCCCCGACGGCUCCCGCGGCCGCAGGGAGGACAUCCUCAAGCCCGGCACCGAGCUCAUCGCCGCCGGCUUCACCAUGUACGGCGCCUCGUCCCAGCUGGUGCUCACCAUGAAGGACAGCUCCGUCAACGGCUUCACGCUCGACAACGGCAUCGGCGAGUUCAUCCUGACGCACCCCGACAUGCGCAUCCCCAGGUCCAGGCCCAUCUACUCCGUCAACGAGGGCAACUCGCUGUACUGGGACGACAACACCGUCGGCUACUUCAACUCGCUGAAGCGGGCCCAGGCCGACGGCAAGCCCUACUCCUCGAGGUACAUCGGCUCCAUGGUCGCCGACGCGUACAGGACGCUGCUGUACGGCGGCAUCUUCGCCUACCCCGCCGACAGGAAGAGCCCCAAGGGGAAGCUGCGCAUCCUGUACGAGUGCGCUCCCAUGGCCAUGGUGUUUGAGAACGGUGAGCCUCUGAGCCGUCUACCUGCCGGGGACGCCGGCGGCCAAGCUCUUGACAGCAACAUGAGGCGCAUGAUGGAAGUCGAGCCAGAGCACAUCCACGACCGCUCGGGCAUUUUCAUGGGCAGCUACGACGAGAUUGAAAAGGUCAAGUCCUUUCACAAGUAG